AUGAACUUCCAGUGUAGUAUGAUGAUAACAGGUGUUAUAUAUUUAAUGUUUUUUCCAAUGCAUUCGGUGAAAAGUAGUCGUAUCGAUUUCACCAAUAUAAAAUGUACUUCAGUGAACAAAGAAUUCAGUGAUUUUGAAUAUUGCUUUCUAAAGGCUACGAAUCGCACUUACAAAUACCUAUCGCUCAAGGUUCGGCUUUAUAAGAUACCAAUACAUCAGUUUACGGUGAAUCUGGGAUUGCACAAGCGAUCAAACGGUCUAAUGCCCUUUAGCCAAAAUGUCACCUUUGAUGGCUGCAAGAUGGUCGCAGAUGUCGGAAACCCCUUGGUCUCAUUUCUCUUUGCCUUAUUUAAGCCUUACUCAAACAUCAACCAUUCUUGUCCCUAUACGCAUGACAUUAUCGUGGAUAAGCUGCCCACCCACUUUGUAAACCAACAGUUUACUAAAUAUGUACGAUUUCCCGAGGGCGAUUAUGUAUUUAAUAGCAACUGGCUUACAAAUGGCAAAAAUCGAGCCACUGUUAGGGUCCACUUUUCGUUUACUUAA